AUGUCAUGUGCUGCGAUAAUGCGGCACCCUUCGAUGUAGUUGCCGCACAAGACUUUGAUGCCAGCAUCUCUUCCCGACUAUGAGCUCCGCACACUCAACACGACACGAUCUCAGGAAUCGGAGAAACGGCACGAAAAAGAAGAGGAGGUGGAAGAGGAUACAAUCACAGGAGCACAACGACACAGCUCCUUGAACCUAAACACCGCCGAACCGUCUACGAUGUACGACCGACCGUUCCACACCGUCCCCAGCGACGACGACCUCGACGAUGACGCUCUCAUCCGUCCCUCCACCUCCCCCUCCUCUACUGCCCUCAACCGCCGCACCGUCCGCAAACUCGAUACCCUCCUCCUGCCCUUCCUCGCGACCCUGUUCCUCCUCAACAGCCUCGACAAAAGCAACAUCGGCAACGCCGAAACCGCCGGUUUCACACACGACACGGGCCUCUCCCGCUCAGACAUCAACCUCAGCAUGGCCGUCUUCUUCUUCGUCUUCGUACUCCUCCAACCCGUAGGCGCCGCUUUAGGCCGACGCUUCGGGAUGAGGAGAUAUGUCCCGCUGUGCAUGAGCUUGUGGGGACUGGCGACGGUGGGACAUAUCUGGGUGAGGAAGAGGUGGCAUUUGGUGGUACUGAGGACUGUGAUUGCGGUGUUGGAGAGUGGAUUUUAUCCGACGGCUGUGAGUUAUUUGAGUUUGUUUUAUACCAAGUUUGAGUUUGCGGUGAGGUUGGGGUGGUUUUAUGGGAUGACUGCUGUGGCGGGAGUGUUGGGUGGGGUGUUGAGUUGGGCGGUGUUUUCGAGGUUUCCUGGCGAUGGAGGUGGGAAUUCGGGACCGCAGUUGCCGCCUUCGUUGACGACGGUUGAGUCUGGAUGGAAGAGUUGGGAGGUACUGUUUCUGAUCGAAGGAUGUACGACUAUGACUGUGGCAUUGAUUGGGUUCGUGUGGUUGCCCAGGUCGGCAGAUACAGCGUGGUUCUUGAGCGAAGAAGAGAAAGCAUGGGCGGAAAAGCGAAUGAGACUGGAUCUCGUCGGAAACAGCAACGAAGAAACGAACAAAGAAGCCGCCGACGACGAAAUCCUCUCCGCCGUCUUCAAUCCUCAAAUCUGGCACCUCCUGCUAGUCAACAUCCUCUCGGCCAUGCCCGCCACAGCUUUCGGAGUUCUCCUCCCCAUCGUCGUCUCCGACCUCUCUCCUCGUCAGCGUCUCGUGCCGAUAUUGUGGGGCUUGGUGCUCCUCGUCAUUGGACUGGUGAUCGCGGUGGCUACGCCGGUGGAGCAGUAUUGGCUGCGAUAUUUCGCGCUGUGCGUGCUGUUGUCCGGAUCCUUCAUCGCUUCGCCGCUGACGGUCGCCUGGCUGGCGAACAAUACCCCCGAACCGGGCAAGCGGGCGAUUCUCCUCGGCAUCAACGGGUGGGGCAAUCUCGCGGGAGUCUUCGUCUCCGUGCUCUUCACGCCGCAGGAUCGCGAUGAGGGCUACGUGAGGAGUUUCACCGUGCUGCUGGUGGGCGUGCUCGUCGCGUUCGCGGGCUUUGUCCUCUUUCGGGUGCUGCUUGUGCGAGAGAAUCGAUUUCGCGAGAGGGUUGUCGGUGGC